AUGUCUGAUUUCGUUUACCAAGGUGAAGACUUUGAAGAAAGAGUAAGAAAGCAAGUUGAAUUUUACUUUUCUGACAGCAAUUUGCUGACUGACAAGUUUUUAUGGAAGAUCUAUGAAGCUAAUGAUGGAUGGGUUGAAUUAAAGACCUUGAUGACCUUUGGCCGUAUGAGACAAUACCGUCCAGAAGAAAAGGUUAUUGCUGCCUUGAAGGCUUCUGACAAGAUUGUUCUUUCUGCCAAUGAUGAACUGAUCAGAAGAAAGGACCCAUUGAAGGAUUUCAAUGAACUCAAGACCACCAGAAAGAGAAACACCGUACACAUUGAAGGCUUCCCACAUGAAUUAACUCAAGAUUAAGUUGAAUCUUGGCUUUCAGAAAAACUUGCUCCACAAUGUCCAAAGGAGCAAGGAUUCAACCUGAUCCGUAGAAUUAGAACCAGACAAGACAAGAAGUUCUUUGGUGUUGUUGACGUUGAAUUCAAGACCAGCGAAGAUACUGAAUGGUUCUUGAAGCAAGUUGAAGUCAGCUACCCAGAAGGUGUUGUUUCUGGCGCUGAAGAAAAGGAAAGUGUUGAAAAGAAGACCUUGUUGAAGAAGAUGUCUCUUUUGACCUUCCAAGAAAUGAGAGAAAGUGGAAAGAGAUUUGGUGUUAAUGAUGUUACCAAGAGAAGAAACAGUUUCAACGACAGCAGAGGUAAGAGAAGAGGUGGUUUCAAGGGUGGUAGAAGAACCGAAAGAGGUGACAGAUCUGAAAAGACUGAAGAAACUUCUGAAGAAAAGAGCGAAACUGCACCAGUUGAAACCACUGAAUCCAAGGCUGCCCCAUCAGAAACUUCUGAAUCCAAGACCGAAGCUUCUGCCCCAGCUGUUGCUGCCCCAGCCGAAUCUGCCCCAGUUGCUGCUGCUCCAGCUGCCGAUGCUCCAGCUACUGAAUCCUCCGCUUAA